UGUACGGACACCAACACUAAACCGCAUAUUUCAUUCAACGAUCAGUCGAUGUCCCUGGUUCUUUCGGUUCGUGACACCAUGCAGGCUACUCUCACGUCCAUCUCUAAUGGUAUCACGGACUUCGUACGAGAUGUACAGGACUCAUCUUCGAAGUGGAUUAAGACGUGGAAUCUCGUAGUCGUCAACAGCCAAAAUGCAACCAUGGUCUACACAGGAUCAAGUCCGAACGAUUUUGUCAAGAGCGUGCAGAUGGUUGCAAACAAUCUCAACAGCUAUUCUUCUCCAAAUCCCAACUGUUCUGUGGCCAUCGAAGCUGGUCUUUUGCUGGCUACAUAUGCCUCCCAACCUCGAUCUGCUGUGUACCUUUUCGCUGAUUCCGAUGGGGGUAACGAUGACACAUUCGUCACUCUCUUCUCCACCGCUACUGAAUAUCAGAUAACGCUGAAUCUCAUCGGUGUGGGUAACACCAUUUGCACGGCUCCAGAAAACAAUGGACAGUUCCCACUGUACUUGCAAAGCCUGUCUGCGAUGACAUCUGGUUUUGUAUAUAUGACAACGAAACCUGCGAUGGUGAGCUACCGUAGCCAUUUAUCAUUACAGUCCUCAUGUGAAUGUGCAUGA